GGAGCCUGAUUUUCCAGAAGCCGCUUGGGAUCCCAGAACUUAGUUCUGGGCUGCUUCUCGGACUCUGGCAGACUCUCCGCGCAGGUGCCCCGCGCGCCUGGCACCCGGCCAUGUCGUCCUGCAGCCGGGUAGCCUUGGUGACCGGGGCCAACAAGGGCAUCGGCUUCGCCAUCGCGCGCGAGUUGUGCCGGCAGUUCUCGGGGGACGUGGUGCUCACCGCGCGGGACGAGGCGCGGGGCCGGGCGGCGGUGCAGCAGCUGCAGGCCGAGGGCCUAAGCCCGCGCUUCCACCGGCUGGACAUCGACGACCUGCAGAGCAUCCGCGCCCUGCGCGACUUCCUGCGCCGCGAGUACGGGGGACUAAACGUGCUGGUCAACAACGCAGGCAUCGCCUUCAAGUUUGAUGAUCCAACACCCUUUGACAUUCAAGCUGAGAUGACACUGAAGACAAACUUUUUUGCCACGAGAAAUGUCUGCACUGAAUUACUGCCAAUAAUAAAACCUCAUGGCCGCGUGGUGAAUAUCAGUAGUUUACAGGGUUCAAAAGCUCUGGAGGACUGCAGUGAAGACCUGCAGGAGAAGUUCCGGUGUGAAACGCUCACGGAGGAGGACCUGGUGGACCUCAUGAAGAAGUUUGUGGAGGAUACAAAAAACGAAGCCCACGAGAGGGAAGGCUGGCCCAGCUCGGCGUACGGCGUGUCCAAGCUGGGAGUCACGGUCUUAUCGCGAAUCCAGGCCAGGAAUCUGGAUGAGAAGAGAAAAGGCGACAGGAUUCUGCUGAACGCCUGCUGUCCCGGCUGGGUGAAGACCAGCAUGGCUGGGGAUUACGGCUCCAGGACUGUGGAGGAGGGGGCCGAGACCCCUGUCUACUUGGCCCUCCUGCCUCCAGAUGCUACUGAGCCUCACGGCCAGCUGGUCCAGGACAAAGUGGUCCAAAACUGGUGAAUGUCUGCUUUGGAGUUUAAAGCUUAAUAAAUAUCUGUGGAAUGAAUGAACGAAUUCUGAUUCCAUUUCUCUCCACUGAGAAGGAGUGUCAAUUAGAAUCUCCCUGCCGGAAAGGUUUAAAGGUUUAUCUCUGGAACAGGACAAUAGUUUCAGGGAUUCAUCCAACCUUCAUGGAUCCAGGAAUUCUGGAGCCCAUGAAAAUUUGACAUUCUGUUCUACAUUUUCCACCUUUUGACCAAGAUUCUUCCAUGGAAUCUUUGAUCAAAAUAUUCAGUAAUGGUAGCUAGGCACCAUCCAGUUCUUCUGGUCUCAUGGCAAAGGAGGCAGUUGCUCAUGGAGGCAGUUAGCCAUACAUUUCUUCUCCUCCUCCGCCAAGGCUGUAAUCUUUACAUAAGCAGACUUCCACAUUUUUCUCCCACAGAGUAGCUUGGGGGUUCAAACUGCCAAACUCUUA